GAUUAUUCCCACCCACACACACAAACACACACACACACACACACACAAACAGCAACCUGCUGUCUGUCAUUUCCUGGAUCCUGCGUGUCCAAGCUGCUGUGGAAACUUUGAAAAGUUUGCUGGUGGGACUGGAGGAGGAGUGAGGGAGCUCGGUGAGCCAACAGCGGGGCUGCUGCACUCACACACGGAUCAGUUGGGGUCUGAGCUCCGGGGAUGUCGGCUGUAAAGGCGCUGCAGCAGUGGUGCCGGGUCCGGUGUGAAGGCUACCGGGAUGUGUCCAUCACCAACAUGACCACGUCCUUCAGGGACGGCAUGGCUUUCUGCGCUCUCAUCCACAAACACAGACCCGAUCUCAUCAAUUUUGAUUCACUGAAGAAGGAAGAUGUUUAUGAGAACAACAAACUUGCGUUCAAGGUCGCAGAGGAGAAGUUGGGAAUUCCAGCGCUGUUGGAUGCAGAAGACAUGGUGGCUCUUAGGGUUCCUGACCGCCUCAGUAUCCUGACAUACGUGUCCCAGUACUACAAUUACUUCCAUGGACGCUCCCCAAUUGGUGGUAUGGGAGGUAUAAAGCGUCCAGCAGAUGGCCCCACAGAUGAGCCGUCUGGGAAGAAGAACCAGCCGGUGGCGGCGAAGGUGUUUCCCUCUUCCAAACCAGCCAGAGAGAACAGUCCUCCCCCCUCCUCCAACAUCACCCGGCCCUCUCCGUCCCCAAAACAAGCCAGAAAUGCCACAACGGAUGUUGUGGUUGAGAAAUCCCAUCAGACAGGCACCCUGAGUAACAAAUGUGUGUCCUGCAACAAGCAUGUUCACCUGGUGCAGAGACAGCUAGUGGACGGGAAGCUCUAUCACCGGAACUGUGCAAAGUUACUGCUGCCUACAAACCCAACUGCACCUCUCAGAGGCUUACCCACAAACACUCCUGUUUCUAGAUUCACUAAUUUACCAGACUCCCCUAAAGCCAACACAAAUCCUCCAAACCAUGCCCCCUCCAGACUGGGACCAUCAUGGCCGACGGAUAAACCCAGCACCCCUCCCAGCUUCUGCACCACUUUUUCUUCCCCAUCUCUGUCCCGGCCUGCUUCAAGUCUCUCUUCUGCUGCUAAAGAGAGUCAGACAUGUGUUGUCUCCAAACCCACGGCUUCACUGACUACUUGUCAAUCUACCUUCACCACAAUAACCACUUCUAUCAACACCAGGCCCACUGCUGCUCCUCGUACCUCAACCACGGCGGCAAAGACACUACAGUCCAAGCUCAAUUUCUUCCAAUCAGAUAACACAUCUAACGAUAAAGAGAAAAAGACUACAACCACCAACAUUGUCAUAAAUAAAGGGCCAAAUGUGACCGGUAAAAUAAAGGAGGCCCCAACUGGUCAUACUGUUGUUGUGAAUGUUGGCACAAAAGAAGUGAAUGCUAGAUUGGACACAGGUGGGGAGAGAGCUAAAGCAUCUGGUGUAGGUGGAGAUAUGAAGACAAAAGCAUCAGCAGCGGCCUUUAUCUCCAAAAAACUGACAGAGGAGAACAACAAUAACAACAGUAAGCCAUUGGGGACGACUGUAGCGCUGAAGAAAACUGACAAACCUUCUCAAGUCGAGACUCCAAAGAGGGAGGCGGAGGGUGUCAGAGUCAGAAUGAAGCUGAAAGUAGACCCGUCAAUCCUCGCUGACCUGCAGACUCCAACAGAAACCCGGACUCCGAGCCCGGCCGACAGGAGUGGACUCGGAGCCAAAACCCCAGACAAAGGCGCCUCAAAGCCCGGCAGUCAAUCACCCAACAUCUCAGCACCAGAAAACAGCGACUCUCCUGCAGAAUGGAGGUUGAAGCUUAAACCCAUCUCCAAAGCUGCUGGUCCCACCCAGUCCUCCCCUAAAGCGUGGGCUAAUGGAGCUGGAAAGCCUCAGACUUCAGAGCUGUCUGUCGGGCCUUCUCCCUCCUCUCAUCUGCCCAGCCCAAGCGUUUCUGUCACUCCACCUGCAGCAAAGGGAUUCCUGAAUGGUCAGAGAGACCCAACUGUACAGGGCACCAAGCCAGAGUCGAAGAAGUCUAAGACAAAGCCAGGCUAUAUUCUCAAAGAGGACAUCAUGAAGGAACUGCAGGAGAUUGAAGAUAAUUUGAACGAGUGGGAGAAGAGGGGAGUGGAACUGGAAGGGAGGCUCCGCAGCAGUGAAGAAGAGGGUGAAGAUGACUCUCUCAUGGAUGAGCUCAUGGUCGAGUGGUUCAACUUGAUCAGGAACAAGCAGGUGGCCAUGCGCCGGGAGUCUGAACUGGUCUACAUUGGAAAAACCCAGGACCUUGAGGAAGAGCAGCCCAGUGUUGAGCAGGAGCUCAGGAAACUGAUGGAAAAACCAGAACACCUGAAAACAGCUUGGGAACGUAAGAGAGAAGAGCAGCUGAUGGCCAAACUGGUGGAGAUAGUCAACGACAGAAAUGCUAUUAUAGAGGGUCUGGAUGAGGACAGACUCAGGGAGGAAGAGGAGGACGAACAACUAAACAAGAUGAUGAUGAAUUUCAACAUAAAGAAAGACAAACCAAAGAAAAAGUCGCCGGCGUCUAAACUGUUUUUUUGGGGGAACAAGAAGGAGGGAUGAGCCUCCGCAACACACAGCGCUACUAAAACUGUCUUUGGUGUUUGUUUGUUUGUUUUUGCUGCUCUUGUUGUAGUCUUAAUGUCAGUGUACUUAGUCUCUGUGUGCCUCUGUGUGUGUGUGUUCGUGUGUCAGUCAGUCUGUCUGUCUUUAUGUGUGUGUUAGUGUGUCUGUGUGUGUUUCAUUUUAAGCACUUUUGAAGACAUUCCCUUCCCCCUGAUGAGUGCAUCAUUCUUGCCUGCCA